GGAGCGGAUCGCGCCCGCGGAGCGAGCGGCCGGACAUUAUUUCAAGAAAAAGGACGGCAGUGCCCAGCCUUUCCUGAACGAUGGAACCCUUGGAGUAAAGAAUGAUGCCCUUGGUCUUGCGAGUUCAUAGAGAUGUAUAGGGCAGGGGACAUGGUGGACCGUCCGCUUCAUGGGCCGGCGCCCCCUCGAUUGAGGAGCGUGGAGGUGGCCAGAGGAAGAGCGGGCUACGGAUUUACCCUUUCUGGCCAGGCGCCUUGUGUGCUCAGCUGUGUCAUGAGAGGGAGCCCCGCAGAUUUUGUGGGUCUCCGUGCUGGUGAUCAGAUAUUCGCUGUCAACGAGAUCAACGUGAAGAAAGCGUCCCAUGAGGAUGUGGUGAAAUUGAUUGGGAAAUGUUCCGGCGUCCUGCACAUGGUGAUUGGUGAAGGCCUCGGCCACCUGGAGUCCUGCUCCAGUGACGAAGAGAUUGGGUUUUAUGAUGGCAAAGGCUGGCUGAAGCCCAAGCUUGAUUCCAAAGCCUUGGGUAUCAACAGAGCAGAGAGAGUGGUUGAAGAGAUGCAGUCUGGUGGCAUUUUCAGUAUGAUUUUUGAAAAUCCUAGUCUUCGCACAAGCACUUCAGAGCCCUUGAAACUGAAACAGAGAUCCCUUUCUGAGUCAGCUGCGGCGCACUUUGACCUUGGACGUGAAAGUGUAAGUCACCCAAAUCCCAGCCUGCUUUCUAAGGAGGAAGUAUCCAAAGUCAUUAACGAUGAUUCCGUUUUCAGCAUCGGACCUGAGAACCAUGAAGAUUUUGCGUUGGAUGCCAGUAUUUUGAACAUCGCCAUGGUCGUCGGCUACUUGGGUUCCAUCGAACUUCCUUCCACAAGCUGCAACCUUGAGUCAGACAGCUUGCAGGCCAUCCGCGGCUGCCUACGACGUCUGCGGGCCGAGCAGAAGAUCCACUCCCUUGUGACCAUGCGGGUCCUGCAUGACCGAGUGCAGCUCUGUACUGACCAGGCUGCCGUUCUGGCCGAGUACCCGGCAGAGAAGCUGGCCUUCAGCGCCGUGUGCCCGGAUGACAGGAGGCUCUUCGGGCUCGUGACCAUGCAGAGCGGCGAUGACGGGAGCCUGGCACACGAGGACGAAGGUGCCUUGCGGACCUCCUGCCACGUGUUCAUGGUGGAUCCAGACUUAUUCAGCCACAAAAUCCAUCAAGGCAUCGCCCGGCGGUUUGGGUUCGAGUGCACAGCUGACCCCGACACCAAUGGCUGCCUCGAGUUCCCGGCGUCAUCUCUUCCCGUCCUCCAGUUCAUCUCCGUGCUUUACAGGGACAUGGGCGAGCUGAUCGAGGGGGUGCGGGCACGGGCCUUUGCAGAUGGGGACGCAGAUGCCCAGCAGAAUGCCAGUACCAGCAGCAAUAGUGACAGUGGCAUCGGGAAUUUCCACCAGGAGGAGAGGAGCAGCCGGGUGCUGGUGCUUGACCUGGGGGCCAGCUCGAGCAGGCAUAGCCCCGGCAAUGGUGGCUGGGAGGGUAUGGGCGGCAGGGGCUCCCAGCCCUGGGGCACCCCCUGGAACGGGGCCUUCUGCCAUGACACUGAGGUGGGGGGUCCGUUUGAGGCUGCUCCGCCGGCUGACAGGGGCCGGGACUUCAGUAAGCACUUGGGACCCGCUGCUCACGCUGAAGUUCCCCCGGCCUCCUUGCGGAGCUCCGUCCCUCCUUCUAAGAGGGGAACCGCUGGCCACAGUGGUAGUUUGGGCCAGCGGUGGCUCCCGGUCCACGUCUUGCAGGAGUGGCAGUGUGGACAUGCCAGCGACCAGGAGUCGUACACGGACUCCACAGAUGGGUGGUCCAGUGUUAACUGCGGCACGCUGCCUCCGCCCAUGAGCAAGAUCCCUGCUGACCGCUACCGGCUGGAGGGCAGCUUGGCACAGCUCCCGCUCAGUGCCCAAAAGAGGGACUGGUCCAGGAAGGCUUUCGGGAUGCAGAACAUCUUCGGGCCCCAUCGUCAAGUUCGAAAGACAAAGGAGGACAAAAAGGGCUCAAAAUUUGGGCGGGCCAUCGGACUCACUCAGACUUCUCAACGCACCUCUGCCCGGAGAUCGUUUGGAAGAUCCAAGAGAUUUAGUAUCACGCGCUCCCUUGAUGACCUUGAGUCUGCAACUGUAUCUGAUGGUGAACUGACUGGCACCGACCUGAAGGACUGCGUGAGCAACCACAGUCUGAGCAGCAAUGCCAGCCUCCCCAGCGUGCAGAGCUGCCGGCGCCUGCGUGAGAGGAGGGCCGCCAGCUGGGCCGUGUCCUUCGAGCGCCUUCUGCAGGACCCUCUCGGAGUUCGCUACUUCUCUGAUUUCCUGAGGAAGGAGUUCAGUGAAGAAAACAUUUUAUUCUGGCAGGCCUGUGAAUACUUUAACCAUGUGCCUGCACACGAUAAAAAAGAGCUCUCCUACAGGGCCCGCGAGAUCUUCAGCAAGUUUCUGUGCAGCAAAGCCACCACCCCUGUCAACAUUGACAGCCAGGCCCAGCUGGCGGAUGACAUCCUCAGUGCGCCUCACCCCGACAUGUUUAAGGAGCAGCAGCUCCAGAUCUUCAACCUGAUGAAGUUCGACAGCUACACCCGCUUUCUCAAGUCCCAGCUGUACCAGGAGUGCAUCCUGGCUGAGGUAGAAGGCCGCUCACUCCCUGAUGCGCAGCAGGUCCCCAGCAGCCCAGCCUCCAAGCACAGUGUCAGCUCUGAGCACUCUAGCGUGUCCACGCCGAAAAAGCUGAGCGGAAAAUCAAAAUCAGGACGAUCCCUGAACGAAGAGCUGGGGGAUGAGGACAGUGAGAAGAAGCGGAAAGGAGCAUUCUUCUCUUGGUCCAGGACCAGGAGCACUGGGCGGUCCCAGAAGAAGAAGGAGCAUGGUGACCACGCAAAUGAGCCCCUGCACGCCAACGGAGGCCUGGGCCGCCGUGAGUCACAGGGCUCCGUGUCCUCCACAGGGAGCCUGGACUUGUCGGAGGCCUGCAGGACCUCCGGGCCAGAGCGGGACAAGGCUGCCAAGCACUGCUGUAUCCAGCUCCCGGAUGGGACGUCCUGCGUGGUGGCUGUCAAGGCAGGGCUGUCCAUCAAAGAGGUCCUGGCUGGGCUCUGCGAGCGACACGGCAUCAAUGGGGCUGCUGUGGACCUCUUCCUGGUGGGCGGGGACAAGCCUCUGGUGCUGCAUCAAGACAGUAGCAUCUUGGAGUCUCGGGACCUGCGGCUAGAGAAGCGCACUUUGUUUCGGCUCGAUCUGGUUCCAAUUAAUCGGUCCGUGGGGCUCAAGGCCAAGCCCACCAAGCCCGUCACAGAAGUGCUGCGGCCUGUGGUGGCCAAGUAUGGCCUGCACCUGAACGAGCUGGUGGCCAGGCUGAGUGGAGAGAAGGAGCCCCUGGACCUUGGUGCCCCCAUAUCAAGUCUGGACGGGCAGCGGGUCAUCUUGGAGGAGAAGGAGCCCUCCAGAGGAAAAGAAAAACAGAAAAGUACACCAACCAGACAGAAUACAGCUGUAAAUUCCAGUUCCAGAAAUCACUCGGCUACGGGAGAGGAGAGAACACUAGGCAAGUCUAAUUCUAUUAAAAUAAAAGGAGAAAAUGGAAAAAAUGCUAGGGAUCCCCGGCUUUCAAAGAGAGAAGAAUCUAUUGCAAAGAUUGGGAAAAAAAAAUAUCAGAAAAUUAAUUUGGACGAAGCAGAGGAGUUUUUUGAGCUCAUUUCCAAAGCUCAGAGCAACAGAGCCGACGACCAGCGUGGGCUGCUGAGGAAGGAGGACCUGGUGCUGCCUGAGUUCCUGCGCUUACCUCCCGGCCCCGUGGAGCGGACCCUGCCCUCACCCACCGCCGCCAAGAGCUUCGGCAAGAGAAGCUUGACCAGCAAUGGCAAGGACAAGGCUCCCUGGCCCUCUGCCACGAGCCCCGCCACAAGCCCCGCCACAAGCCCUGCCACAAGCCCCACGACGAGCCCCACGACGGGCCCCAGCUCGGCUGGCAGUCCGCCAUUCAGUGCUCCCCAGACCCCCUCACCCCACUCCCAGGAAGCUGAGGCCGGGGGCGUCCAGACCAUGGAGGGCGAGCACGUGGCUGACCUGACGCUCACAGGGGAGGGGGACAUCAGCAGCCCCAACAGCACUUUACUGCCGCCCACCCCCACCCCGCGGGACUCGGCUGGACCUCCGAGACCAGGAGGCGGGGCCAGAGGCAGCCAGUGCCUCCCGGUCAACACCAUCAUCGACGUGGACCGCGUUGCGGGCCUGGCCCCCGGGCUGGGCGGCAGUGUCCCUGGGGUACGGGUGUGCCCCCAGAGGUCACGGACCAGUAGGGCCCUGACAUCAGACCUCCCUAGCCUGAGUCCCUUCCCAGGUGCUCCUGCCAAGCCCAAGGCCAGCCCACAUCACGCGACCUUCGUCUGAAGCUGCCUGAAGCCAUGCCUCAGCAGCCGUCCCCCCGCCCCCACAUCAGCACCACCCCAGCUAGACACGCGUGGACUCCCAUGAUCUGAGGAGACCACCCCAAGCCCUCCUGAGGGCCUUGAAGGGGCCUCCUUGGCCACCCUGCCUUCGGGAGCCAAACCAGGAGGUGCAGGGUGGCCUGGCCUCGGACACUCGCUCCCUCAGAUCCUGUCCUCUCCUGCUGCUCAGCCUCCAGCCUUUCCUCAAUAAAUCAA